AUGUCGCUACGCUUCCUCACAAGACGUCGUGAUCGCGACCGAUCCAACUCCAUCCUCAACUCGCAGCCCUCGCCUUCCGGUGCGUGCAUCGCUCUCCCCGAUCAAGCAUCGCGCUUGGGCAACGCGAGCAACGCGGGCAACGCGGGCAACGCGGGCAACGCGCGAAACGCUGCCGUACCUGCAGACGUCCACAUCAUCGUACCUGCAGACGUCCACAUCAUCAGCUGGGAUCCACGCGACCUCGAAGCUGCUGGCCGCGACGUCCAUAUCCGCUCCAGAGAUCCACUCCCAUCUCCGGGCCUAGGCCCUAUCGAUACCCCCGUUUACCGUGCCUUCACCGCAAGCCAGCGCCUCGACCACCCACCACCCGUGCCCGCAAAGUCAAACCCCAUCAGACCCCAACAUGCAAAGUCGCGCGCAAGGCCAAAGACCGCUUCGAGCGUACAGGAUCGACAGCGUAUCGACUUUCUAGAAUCAAGACCAUCCCUUUCCGCAGCAGAUGAUAUUCGCACAGACUAUCUCGAGGUGCUCCAGCCUUCCUCCACCACCGCCACCAUCCUCUCCACCCAACACGACCACGCCCACACCUCAAACCACAGCUUCUCCCGCCGCUUCGCCUCCAAGAUUCGACGUGCAAGGUCACGCUCCCAACAAUACGGCUUGGCGUACGACUCGGGCGCCGAGACCGACGCCGACAUCAGUCAUGCCACCCUGCCCGCCUCCUUUGCAUCCGGCUCCCGCAUUCCCUAUUCGCACGCCCAACACAACGCUUCCGUCCAGUCAUUCGCCAGCCAGGCCUCGGCACACGAUCGAGAAUUUUGCCUCCUCUCCCCUUCCAACGCCUCCUCGAGCUUCUUCUCCCGUCUACCGAACACUCGCAAGCUGCGCAGGCGUCAAAAUGCCUCGGCCGCGGACAUCCAGCUCUUGGCUUCUUCCUCGGCUGGCACCCAGCCCGCCAACGAUGCCUCCGCCGCCACUUCGCGUUCGCGCAGUGCCUCCCUCAGCACCAUGGCGCCCAAGUUUCUGCGUCCCAAGGACAGCCGCACUGACAUGGUCGCCAACGCGCCUCCCACACCAGCAAAGGCCAGACUUCACAGAGGCGCUCCGCCCUCAGCGUGGAGGCCCGACGCCGCCGCGGCCGCAGCCGAGGCAGCAGCACCCGGCGGCUCAUCCACCUACAGCUCCGACAACGACGCCAGUGCAGGCUCCUCCACGGGCCAUGCACACAGCCUCGGUGCCACCACCAGCGUCGGUGCCGCAUCACCCGGUCCAUAUCACGCACACCUCGUCAGCCAUCCAGACGCUCAGCAUGCCCACGCGCAGCAGCUACUUGGAACCUCGGCUCACCGGCCGCGCACGCCCGUCAAUCGUCUGUCGGCCAUCACUUCUGCCCUGCUCCCGCGCACUCCGGAUCCCGAGUCGUCGCCGCGCCCACAAUCGCGCCACAACGUACCCUCAUCGCCCAUCAUCGCAGGCCUACCCCUUUCUGCCAAGCCCGCACGCACCGCCUCGCCGGCCGCCACCAACUCGCUCCUCGCCUCGCAGCUCUUCAAGCGCCUCGGUCCGCCGCCCGUCGGUCUCGAGCCGCACCGCUUCGACGAGCGCGUGCUCAUGAUCCAGCACUACAUCCAACACCAGGUGCCCCUCGUCCCCCUCGCCAAGCCGCACGAUCCGGUCUCCAUCCCGCCAGCCAGCAACCGCUCCAGCUUGCCGCCGCCCGCCCGCAGCUCCUCGGCCACCGCCGACGCACGCCUCGCCGCGCUCGCAGACGAGUUCGACAAGCUCGAGUGCCAGACAGAGCACGCCAUGCUCGAGCUCGCCGCGCACAAGGGCGACGGCGUGCGCGUCGAGAUCGCCGAGCUCCGGCUCGCCCACGCCUUCCUCGCCGCUAGGAGGCGCUGCGGCGUCGAUAGCAGCCGCAGCCACUUUGAGCUCGAGGCGCCCCCUCCUGCGGCCAACUCGGCCAGCCCCGACCUGGUCUCGGACCCGCGAUUCCACGCAGACGCCACGCCGCUUCGAGGUACGCUCGGAGGCAUGCAUCCCGCGCCCGCCGUGCGCCCGCCCAGCGCACGCGAGGCCACAGACGGCCUCGGCGGGCUCGGCGUGUCGCUGCGCCCGGCACCCAGACGCAGGCGCAGGCCCAUCACUGCUCCCGAGACGCAGAACAAGGCCAUCGCCAGCAUGCCGUUGAGCAGCACGCGGCCGUCGACUGCACGCUCGUCGCGCUCGCCCGCACCGGCCUCGGACACGGCUGGCGCUGCGCUCGAGGGCGAGCUGUUUACGCCGGCGAGCUUCAGUGCGCGCGCGGGUGCGGGUGCGGCGGUGGUGGAUGCGGACGAGCUGCGGUUGCGCCAGAUGCACGCGCAUGCGCAAGCGCGGCUCGUGGCGAGCAGGACCGUGUUCGCUGCGCCCGCACAUGCCUACCGGCGCGGCUCGAGCGACAGGGACAGCUCGAGCAGCCACAACACCGCCACUACGCAUGGAUCGGUGCGCUCGCCGCUGUUUGGCGCGCCCGCGUUUCAGAUGGUCGGAUGGGCGGGCGUGGGCGAGAGGCAGAGGACGCAUUCGCAGGAUACGGCGGAUACCGAGCAUACCGAUGCGUCCGAUAUGCAUGCCGCCAUCAAGGCGGCCGUCGCGAGGGAGGGCGCACUGCCCGCGGUGUCCAAGGACCUGUCGCGCAAGGCAACGACCGUGUCGAAGCUCGGUCGUGACAAGGCACAGACAGGCAAGGCCAACCGUCAUCGCAAAGCACUGCCACGCAAGGCACAGGCUCCUCGAGCACAGUCGCUGCCGAACCCAACCGCAGUCGGACAAGGCGCGGCAUCGCAAGGCAACAGUCUGGCAGUCAGCCACAGCCGCGGUCGGACAAGGCGCAGCCCGAGCAAAGCACAAUAUGGCGGUGCAACAGGCGGAUCGCCCGCAUACGGACAGGGCGCAGGCGAGCAAGUCGCUGUCGAGCAAGGCUACACACGCGCUGGAUUGCAGUCGGCCACCAUCGUAGUUAUGCAAAGCACCGUCAAGCAAGGCACCGUCGAGCCGGGCAACAGGCGUCCAACUCGCCGAAACGUUGGCGGUGAAGCAAGCUCGCACUGCAGCAGCUUGCAGUCGGACAGUCCGUCUGCACGACAAGGCACAGUCCUCGACGGCUCCGUCAGCAACGUGGCGGGCACGACAGCCUCCGUCAUCCCGAGUCGCACAAGGCACGGGCAGCACAGUGCACAGCCGUCGCCGUCACCGUCGGACAGUAUCGCACGCGGACGCAUUGCGGCUCAAAGCUGGCUUGAGAGCACUCGGAGUUGCACGUAG